UAUAUGAGAAUGUUUGGCUACUGCUUGUUUUCCAGCUCGGUGUAUCUGUUUGCUCAACGCGGAGUUGCAGCUCUUUAUCUAAGAGCUUUGAAAAGUGCAGCUCGUUACUGCAGAUGAUGAUUGCAGUGAUGAAACCACGGCAGGUCGGGCAGUCCCUGUGGUCAGAGACCUGCUGGACAGACGAGGCCCGCUCUUCCUUCCUCCUGCUCUCACUUCUUCUCUCGUCUUUACUCUCCCCAGAGCCCUGUGCUGUACUUCUGAUCACAGUACAUUUGAGUUUUCUGCCUUUCCUGCAGCUCUGUUCAGCUCUGCCAUGGGUUCUGUGCGUGCUCCUGUCUCUCAUUCACCAGCUGGUGGGUUCUUGGAUAAGUUGAGACAAAUAUUUUUGGGUAUAACGUCUGCAUGGGGUCUCGUCUCCGUUUGGCAGAGGGGCAGGGUUGGAAAUUGCAGCUCUCUCCUAUCUCAAAGUCAACUUGCCUUCACGUGAAGGGUAGUUUAGUGUCCUCUCCUUCCUCCUGCCUGUUCUUUGUGAAUUUGAAGGGAAAUCUGGUCUUGGGACCUUGCAGCUGCUGCAAUUCACAGGUACUCAGGUAAGGUAUGUGUGACAUAGGCAACAUAAAGAUCAGAAGUGCAGCAGGAGGACAGGAGGAGAGAAUUAUCUGUUCACGUAACUAAUUCCAGCCAGGAGAGUGUUGUUAGCUUUUGUUAAACGAGCUCAAAGGCAAUGUAUAAAUUCUCCCUAAUUCAACAAAUUUUUUAAUGUGCUCUUAGUUCUGAUGUCUUUUGGAAAGGUUUAAUUUAUGGCUUCUCUCAGCUGUUUCUGGUGUCUGCUUCCAGGAAGAACAGCAGAGAAGCAAGAGGUCUCUGUGAUUAGAUUAAAUAUCUGGGUCACUUACCAUUACCUGUGUUUAUUCUCUGGUAAGCUUUGAUACUGGAAGAAAACAGAGAUAAAAAAGAACAUGUGCAGAAAGAGAUAACUAUGGCUGGAGCUGCCCCAGGCAGAGGCCACUUUCUAAAUGGAUUUAUGGACGAACUUUUCCUAUCAGUUUUGUGUCCUGUGCGAGGAGAUAUCAGCUGUGUGCAAACAAGGUUCUUUUUUUUCAAUCCUCUCUCAAUUGGUGGAUAUUCUUGAGAUUCAAAAGCCUAAAUGGAGUGAGUCAUCCUUCUUUCACAAAGCAGUCUUCAAGUAACGUGAGUGUUGACACUUGGUUUGGUGAGUUAACCCAGUUCUUUAAACUUUGUAAACCCAACGAUCAUUAUUGGUGACUCCUGGUUCUCUGUAGGUCCUCUUGCAGAUUUCCUUCACUUAGCCAUUAUGUAUCAAAUUUGGCUAAUUCCUUUUCCUAUAUUCAGUUUGUAAAGCAUUCUCCCAAAACUUAACAUUGGCACAAUUAGAUGCCAAAUUAUUUCUGCAAAACCUGACUUUCUGGUGUACAGUUUGUCUGCAGUGAAGAUGCUGGAGAUUCUCAGGAUGCUGCAGCUCAGUCAGCGUCUAGAAGGAGAUCCAGGAGCUUUGCAGGGCACAGGAUCAGCUAGCAGAGAUCUCGCUGUCUGCAGGUGUCAGGCAGAAAGCAAGGAGCAGCCAGCACUCUUCUGCCUGGCAUGCAGAGCAAAACAGAGCUUCUAACCUGAAUCCAGGUGAUUUGCAAGACAGCCGGAUUCCAUGCAGCCUGCUGAGGAUGGCAUAUUGCAUUUUAGCAGCCACAGAAAUCAGAACCGUUUUUCUGCAGCUCUGAAACUGUCAGUGAGUGGUACACAGGCUGAAGCCAAGCACCUUUCACAACUCAGUGACCUGCAUCUUCAUCUUUAUAAAACAAUGACCUGCAUCUUUAUCUUUAUAAAACAGUUCAUUAUCUUAUAUCAUUAUCUUUAUAAAACAGUUUCUGCUUUUUUUUCCUCUGGAAUUGACAGUCUACUUUUUUCAUACUCAGCAAAUUUUCUGGGAAUAUCCCCCUCUGUGCUGUUUUUACUGUUCUUAUUAACUUUCACCAUUUCUGCACUGAGUCACCUAUGAAGUGGAGGAGCAGGUUAGACAGCCGAGGCACCAACGUCUGUAUGCUUCAGAUAAGAAAAUGAAGGCAAAUCAGAAAAGCAGGAUAAGAAAUUCUUUCUGUGCCUGUGUCUUGUUCAGUGAUACUGCAUUUCAACGUGCUUCAGAUCAAAGCAUUGUUAAAAUUCUGCUGGAUUUAGGCCUGACCUCCAGAACUUGAUGAGCACGACAGAGCGCUUAGUGUGGCUUUGGCUUCAUGUCUUUAAACUUGCAGGAUUUUGCUUUUGUUCGUCGUCCUCAAGUGUUGUUAUGCACCAACCUCUGGAAUUCAACUUCUCAUCUCUGGUCAAAAGUUAACCGUGGCUGGUUACUCUUCCAUGCUUGCUGUGUCCUUUGGCAGUAGAAGCUCUUCCUCCUUAUUGUUCUGCAUACUUUUUCUAGAACUGACCUGAUUACUUGAUUCCUCUAUUACUUGCUUUCCUAACCAAGGUCACUUUUCUCCGUUUCCCUGAGGAUUACAGCUCUGUCCAGCAAGGGGGAAUUCAGCUUGGGGAAGACCAGAGAAAGGACAAGUCUUGCUGCAGAUGAGGAUGUGGUGCCGGAGGCUGGCCUGCCUGCUCAGCGUGCCUUGCCAACACACCAGACGUCACUUGCUGGGGCUGUCCUGCGGCAGGAGGACCUUCACUGCUGCUGUGGCUCGCUGGCAUCACACAGCCCCAGAGUCCCUCAGCUGUGCCUGGCAGUUACACGGUGAUCAUUUAGAGCUCAGGUAUGCAAACACCUUGAUGCGCUUUGAUUUCGUCUGGCUGCGGGACCACUGCCGCUCAGCUUCCUGCUACAACGCCAAGACAAACCAGCGCAGCUUGGACACGGCCAGUGUGGACCUCAGCAUCAAGCCCAAGGCUGUCCGAGUGGAUGAGACCACGCUUUUCCUCACAUGGCCAGAUGGACAUGUUACACGGUAUGGGCUGCAGUGGCUGGUGAAGAACAGCUACGAGGGGCAGAAGCAGCAGGUCAUGCACCCACGGAUCCUCUGGAAUGCAGAAAUCUACCGCCAAGCCCAGGUCCCCUCUGUUGACUGCCGGAGUUUCCUGGAGACGGACGAGGGGCUGAAGGAGUUCCUGCAGAACUUCCUUCUGUAUGGGAUUGCUUUUGUUGAGAAUGUCACUCCCACCAAAGAGGACACACAAAUCUUAGCAGAAAGGAUCAGUUUAAUCAGGGAGACCAUCUAUGGCAGAAUGUGGUACUUCACCUCUGAUUUCUCCCGGGGCGACACUGCCUACACAAAACUGGCUCUGGAUCGGCACACUGACACAACCUACUUCCAGGAGCCCUGUGGCAUCCAAGUGUUUCACUGCCUCAAGCAUGAGGGGACAGGAGGGCGUACACUGCUGGUGGAUGGCUUCUAUGCAGCGGAGCAGGUUCUCCGGCAAGCACCUGAUCAGUUUGAGCUGCUAAGUAAGGUGCCACUGAAGCAUGAGUACAUUGAGAAUGUGGGAGAUUGUCACAACCACAUGAUCGGAGUUGGGCCAGUCCUCAACGUCUAUCCCUGGAACAAUGAGCUUUACCUGAUCAGAUACAAUAACUAUGACCGUGCAGUCAUCAACACUGUGCCUUAUGAUGUUGUGAAUCGUUGGUACACUGCUCACCGCACACUCACCACUGAGCUCAGGAGACCAGAAAAUGAACUGUGGGUCAAACUGAAGCCAGGCAAGGCGCUGUUCAUCGAUAACUGGCGUGUGCUGCAUGGGCGGGAAGCCUUCACGGGGUACCGCCAGCUGUGCGGCUGCUACCUGACAAGAGAUGAUGUGCUCAACACCGCUCGCCUGCUGGGGCUGCAAGCUUAGCCUGGUCAUCUGCUGUGCAGAGGCAGACAGAGCUCCGUGCUGGUGCGUCACCACAACCACGUUGCACAUACCUCAGACACCUCCGCCCUCUCUGAGCAGUUCUCUCUCUGCCCGUGUGGGAGAGGGAGCAGGUGGAAGCCAAAGGUUAUGGGAGCUUUAUGGGACUGUAUUCUGCCUUUCUCUGAGCUUGGUCAGCUCUCACUGUCUGUGCACUCAGCCUGGCCUUCUCAGCCGGCCGCUUUGUCUCGGCUCCAGUGAACUGGGGCUGAUCACACUAUGAGAAGUGCUCCUCCAAUCAAGUGCCUUCAGAAUCUGAAAUCUUUUUCUCCCUGUUUGGUCUUUUAUGUCAGUCACCACAUUUGUUUAUUUGGCAUAACUGAGCAGAAUGGAUAUAUCUGGGAUCUUGUUUUACCU